CUCUAAACACUUGGGACGACCCGCUCUCUGGUGUGUAUGAGUGGAGUCUUUCGGAAAACACCCGCGACGACCCCAUUUUGCUGUUACGAUGGCUUCAAGAUUGGAUCGGUUGUUUAUUCUGCUCGAAUCCGGCUCGGCCGCAGUCACACGGAAGGCGGCCGCCAAGCAGAUAGGUGAGGUGCAGAAGCUGCAUCCGCACGAGUUGCACAACCUUCUGAGCCGCCUGCUGACGUAUCUGCACAGCAAUAGCUGGGAAACGCGGAUAGCGGCCUCCCAGGCCGUGCAGGCGAUCCUGGAAAAUGUGCCCCAAUGGGAACCGAAGGGUAUCGUGAAGAAAGAACCGGACGAGGAGCACGAUUCGGCCCUGGAGGAGGACCGAUCGAACGAUUCGCCGGCGAAAGCGGGCGGGGCCACCCGGAACGGGGGCCACCACAAUCGCCUGUCGUUCGAUGGUUUCGAUCUGAAUGCGGUGCUCUUCAAGGGGGCCCGCCUGAUGGGCUCCGAAGGAACCGAAUUCGAUCCGCUGGACGAGAACGAUGUGAUCGAUCUGCGGGAAAAGUUGGCCCGCCAGCGAGCCCUGCUGAACGAGAAGCUCGGGCUGAGCAGUGGCAUAAAUGUGGACGAAAUUGUGACGCUGGACGAUGUGCGAUCGAUCCACGGGGGCCCGGGCGGACUGGGCGCUGGCCGGGACCUGCAAACGUCGGCCAGUGGCGAGAAGCUCGUGCCGGUGCAGGAAAUUUUGAAACUGAACCAAAACCCGGUGUUGUUGGAGGGACUCAGCUGCCGGGAGAAAAAUCGUGCCCGACGUCUCCGUCGCCAGCAGCAGCAGUUGUCGGGUGGCGGUGGAAAUUCGUCCUCUCCUGCCAGCGCUGGCCAUCUCGGAGGUGGCUCGAAUGGAUCCGGCACACCAACCACACCCGACGGGGAACCGGAUCGGAAGCGUAUCAAGACGGAGAAAGGAGAAAACGCAGGUGGCGGCGCGUUGGCGGGCUCUCCUUUCGCCGGCGGGACGGUGGCCUGUGGAACCGUCGGGGGGUGGAGUGUGGAGCCGGUACCCGAUCUGACCGGCGCUUGGGUGGACGCCAUCGACUGGCCGCUGGAAUCGUUCUGCUCGAAGCUGUUUCUCGAUCUCUUCAGUCCACGGUGGGAGACGCGCCACGGGUCGGCCACCGCGCUUCGCGAGCUGCUCAAGAGUCACUCGCAGGGAGCGGGCAAAAGUGUCGGUAUGUCCAGAACGGAAUUGGAGCGCCAGCACCAGCUGUGGCUGGAAGAUGCCACCCUUCGGUUGCUGUGCGUCCUGGCGCUCGAUCGGUUCGGUGACUUUGUCUCCGAUCAGGUCGUGGCUCCGGUGCGCGAAACUUGCGCCCAAGUGCUGGGAACGGUCCUGCGACAGUUGCCGCUGGCGAAGGUGCACCAAACGGUCAACAUUCUGCUGACGUUCGUGAAGCAGAAAGAAUGGGAAGUGCGCCACGGUGGUCUGCUCGGCAUCAAGUAUAUGCUGGUCGUGCGGGAAGACCUCGUGCAGGCGUUCCUUCCCGUGAUCAUCAACGACGUGCUGACCGGAUUGUUCGAUGCCGUGGACGAUGUAGGUGCGGUGGCUGCCACCACGCUCAUACCGAUCGCAUCCUGGCUGCCGAAGCUGCUCAGCCACUCGCAGGUGUCGCACAUCGUGAAGCUGCUGUGGGACCUGCUGCUCGAUCAGGACGAGCUGGCCUCGGCCUGCAACAGCUUCAUGGGGCUGCUCGCCUCGAUCCUCAGCCUCCCGGCCGCUUCCAGCUGGAUCCAGAUGGAACCGAUGGCCAUACUGGUGCCCCGUCUUUGGCCCUUCCUUAGCCACUGCAGUUCUUCCGUUCGGCGAUCGACGCUACAGACGCUCAAAACACUAACCACCAACAUGGACACGGAGGAUGCGAACACGGCUGCCAAUGGCGCUGGCGGAUGGCUGGAUGAGCUUCCGUACGGUAACGGUCAACGACCGCCAACGACGCUGGUAGAGGGCGUACUGAAGCUUGCCAACGCACCGAACGACUCGAACUUGGUGCUGAACUUUGGCGUACAAGAUUGGCCACCCCAGUUGCUGCAGGAAGCGCUGCGUCACAUCUUCCAGCGCGUGCUCGUCGAGCACGUCGAGGACAUCCAGUCGCUGGCGGAGAAAGUGUGGGACAAUUUGGUCAUUAACGCGGAACUGUCGGCCCUGCUGCACGCUUCCUGCCCGUACGUGUCGAGCUGGCUGUGCCUGGCGAUGCAGCCCGUUCGGUUGGCAUUCGAUCCGGGUUCGCUGAUCUACGCCAAACCGAUGCCGAGUGGAACGAACCGGGAACGACGGCGACAGUUCGAUUCGUUCGAAACCGGGGGACAUGUAGCAGCAGCAGCGAGCUCCUGUGCCGGAACCGGCGGCGCACUUUAUCAGAAAUUGUUUCUCGGUGGCGCCGAAACGGUUCCGCUGGAGAUGCGCGAACGAAACGUAGUCCGGGCGCGUUGUAAAGCUUCGCGGAUGAUUGGCUUGCUGUCGCGCUACCUGGUGCUUCCGGCGCCGGGAGUCUUCUACACGCCCGAGAUGGAAAGUCCCAUCGAUUGCUAUACGAAAGUGUUGAUCGGUUACCUGCAGUCCCGGUCGGCGCUGCAGCGCCUCAUUAGCAGUUUGGUGAUUGCGUUCUGGUGCGGAGUGGACGACACGAUCCAACCGGGACCGCCGGUACUGCAGGAACGGCUGCGGGGCUGUCUGAACGAGUAUGUGUACUACGAUGAAGUGGGCAUCCUGUUCACGCGACUGCUGCAAGAGUGUCGCGACUAUUUGGCCACACUCAAGCAGUACAAACUUCCGAUGGGCGAGUACGAGAGUCACCCGAAGGUGCUCACGCUGGAUCAGAUCUAUCAGAUUGCUACGGGCACCGGAGGGACGACCCCAGGCUGGUCGGGCGAUGAGCUGCGGGGGAAGUACUGCCUGAAACCGAAAACUGCCGACAUGAUCGAAGAGCGGCGGCGAAGUCUCCUCCUUUCGCACGCGGCCACAGCCCUCGAACAAACCACGCUUCACAUCAGCACCCAGUCGUCGGUGUCCGGUGCCGUCGUGUGUUUGCGCUGUCUACCGGAGGAUCGUCUAAAUCCGGUCGUGAAGCCACUGAUGGAGUCCAUCAAGCGCGAAGAGUGCGAGUUACUGCAGAAGCUGUCGGCCAAGUAUUUAAGCGGACUACUCGACCAAGCGACGGCCCGUACACCGUGUCCGAACAAUAAAAUUGUCUCCAAUCUGUGCACGCUGCUCAAGAGUGAUCCCGAGUUUACCCCAAAGGUCCUCUGUCCGGACCAGGAACUGCAGCACUUCGAUGCGAGCAACACGGGCGACUCCAAUCCGUACCACGGGAUUCUGGCGUUGAUUAAGCAGCAAAAGAGCAAAGAUCAAAGCCCGGGCAGCAGUAGUGGGCCGGGGACGGGAAGUGGAACACCCGGGACCCGUGGUCCCGGAAGACCGGCCGCACCAGUGCCCGUUGAUCUCUCCAUGUCCGCUUCCUCCUCGUCCGUCUCGGGUACUCCCGUACUACCGCACGAGGAACAGACCGGCGGUACGGUGGAGAGUGAAGAAGUUAGUCGAAAGCACGCCCGAACGCAGCGUCUCGGUGCGACGGCCGCAAUCACGACGAUGUGCGCCCAGUUCGGUGCUUUGUUGCCCGAAAAGUUGCCCAUCGUGUGGCAACUGUUGCUCGAAAAGAUAACCUCCCGCGUGAGUGGCGACUACGUCGAUCGACUUGCGCAGGAUGUGGUGGCUCAGGACGAAACGAACGAUUUCAUGACAUCGUUGCAGCUGCUGGAAGUGGCCGCACCGUUCCUAGCCCCGUCGUUACACGGUAAGCUGUUCGAGUUGCUUCCGAAGCUGUGUCUCCUGUUGCGGCAUCCACUGAAAGCGAUCCGUCACAUGGUAGGCCGUUGCUUGGCAACGCUCGCGUCGGUAGAUACGGCCACCGUGAUGACGAUGGUUAUUAACGAAGUGGUGCCACUGCUGUCCUGCAUCGAGAACGUCAUCAAGCGCCAGGGUGCGGCCGAAGCGAUCGCUUGCAUCGUCAAUCGGCUGCAGUUCGAAAUCGUUCCGUAUGUGGUGCUCCUGGUGGUACCCCUGCUCGGUCGGAUGAGUGAUCCGGAUCAGUCGGUGCGACUCGUAUCGACACACUGCUUCGCGACGCUCAUCCAGCUGAUGCCGCUCGAUGGACUGGCCGCGGACAGUGGCAGCACGCGCUCGCUUUCGGACGAUCUCAAAACGCGCAAGAUGAAGGACAAACGGUUCCUCGAGUACCUGUUCUCGCCGAAGACGAUUCCGGACUUCCAGAUUCCGGUCAAGAUUAAUGCGGACCUACGCAGUUACCAGCAGUCGGGCGUCAAUUGGCUGUGGUUUCUGAAUCGCUACAAACUGCACGGCAUCCUGUGCGACGAUAUGGGCCUCGGAAAGACGCUGCAGGCGAUCUGCAUACUGGCGGCCGAUCACCACCAGCGCAGUCUCGAUCGAAACUGUGCCCCGCUACCGAGCCUGGUCAUCUGUCCACCGACGCUCACCGGCCACUGGGUGUACGAGGUGGAAAAGUUUCUUCCGACGCGCUUUCUGCGCCCGCUGCACUACGUCGGACUGCCCGUCAGCCGGGAGCAACUGCGCCACAAGCUGGGCACCUACAAUCUGAUCGUCGCGUCGUACGAUAUCGUACGGAAGGAUAUCGAGUUCUUUGGGUCGGUCCAGUGGAACUACUGCAUCCUGGACGAGGGGCACAUCAUCAAGAACGGCAAAACGAAGAGCUCCAAAGCGAUCAAACAGCUCGUCGCGAACCAUCGGCUCAUCCUGUCGGGCACUCCGAUUCAGAACAACGUACUGGAGUUGUGGUCACUGUUCGAUUUUCUGAUGCCCGGCUUUCUGGGGACCGAGAAGCAGUUCAGCACCCGCUUCAGUCGUCCGAUUCUUGCCAGUCGUGAUCCGAAAAGUUCGCCGAAGGAACAGGAAGCAGGAGCGCUAGCGAUGGAAGCGCUGCACCGGCAGGUGUUACCGUUUUUGCUGCGCCGUGUCAAGGAGGACGUGCUGACUGAUCUACCGCCAAAGAUUACGCAAGACUUGCUGUGCGAGCUAAGCCCGCUGCAGGAGCGGCUGUACGAGGACUUUAGCCGGAUGCAUCUGCACUCGUCCGACAUUCGCGAGUGUCUCGAGCACAUCGACGGCCAGCCGUUGGGUCCGGUCAACAAGAAGACGCACGUCUUUCAAGCUUUAAGAUAUUUACAAAACGUUUGCAACCACCCUAAGCUAGUCCUUUCGCCAUCGCACCCCGAGUAUCAGGACAUUGUCGGGGAGUUCACCCGGAACGGUUCCUCGAUGGACGAUAUUGAGCAUUCGGCCAAGCUGCCCGUUCUGAAACAACUUUUACUAGACUGUGGCAUCGGCACGAACGAGGACAUGUCGGUGAACCAACAUCGGGCACUAAUAUUCUGCCAGCUGAAGGCCAUGUUGGACAUAAUCGAAAACGAUUUCCUCAAGAAGCACCUCCCGACAGUAUCGUACCUUCGGUUGGACGGUAGCGUUCCGCCGAGCACCCGGCACCACAUCGUGACCAAGUUCAACGGAGAUCCGAGCAUCGAUGUGCUGCUUCUAACAACGCAGGUGGGAGGACUUGGUCUCAAUCUGACCGGUGCCGAUACAGUUAUCUUCGUCGAGCACGACUGGAACCCGAUGAAGGAUCUGCAGGCGAUGGACCGAGCACACCGGAUCGGCCAGAAGAAGGUAGUCAACGUGUACCGGCUGAUAACGCGCAAAUCGCUCGAAGAGAAGAUUAUGGGACUGCAAAAGUUCAAACUGCAGACCGCGAACACGGUCGUGAGCGACGAGAACGCCUCGAUGGAAACGAUGGGCACCGAUCAGCUGCUCGAUCUGUUCACCCUCGCCGAUGACAGUAGUACGCGGCUGGAUGGUGGUUCUGCCGGAGCAGCAGCAUCAAUGCCGGGAAUCAAUGCACGCCGUGGCUCCAUGCAGCGCUCCAACUCACUUACCGGCGGUGGAUCCGGUGGUCUAGAGACAAACGGCGGUGACGGAAGAGCACCGACGGGAGGAGCCACUGCGGCACCCUUCAAAACGGUGUUGGAGAGCCUUCCCGAGCUGUGGGACGACCGGCAGUACCACGAGGAGUACGAUUUGUCGCAGUUUUUGGAGAGCUUGAAAAAGAAGUAGUAGCUUUAGCCACGUGACUGAGCUCGGGAUAACCGCAGUACGAAGCCAAGGGUGCGCAGUUUCUGCGCAAGUGUGCAAGUCUGGUCAUGGCAAUCCGUUGGAGGACGAGGAGUACGUAACGGACCACGAAGGAAGGGACGAAAGCUCGUCGCUGCCUCCGUUGCUGUUCGUAGGCUCCGAUCGAUUACUCCUGAGGCAAAAGAGUUAUGCCAUUAGAGUUAUGCUGCGCUGACCUUAUCAUUUUGCUAUGAAGUCUAAUUUAAAUUACACUAGUUUCCUUUAUUUCAAUCAUGGUUUUUGCGCGAUUGCUACAAAUAGGAACUCACGUUCGUAGGAAUAGAGCAGAAUAGGUUCAUUGUAAGUAGUCACAGGUUGAACGAGGAGCAUAGGAAUGAAUGGAAGCGCGUAUUCUAGGUGCGUACGCAUUGUAGGUGCCUGUAUGUGUUUGUGUGAAACAAUUGGAACUUUGCGAGGAAACAGAACGAGAGCGGAACUAAUGAAUACAAAGAAAAACACUUCUUCCGUAAGAGAAUCACCCGUUGCCACUACAUGUCAUACAUAAUUAUUCCACUCUGCAUAACUGAAGAGGAUUUGUAUUUUAAACGUGGAAUAAAAUUGAAAUAAUUUUUGGCGUAGA